UCCCAAAAUCCAAGUUGUUGCCAGUUGGGCUCAAGCUCCAAACCCGUUUUGCGACGCCGUGCUGCUUCGGUGGCAGCGGUCGUCGCCAAAUCUCUUGGUUCCCAGACGGCGGGCACAACAGAGAUGAGGAAAACUGCGCUCAUCACAGGUAUCACGGGGCAGGAUGGGUCCUACUUAGCCGAGUUCCUUUUGGAGAAGGGCUAUGAAGUGCAUGGGAUCCUCCGUAGAUCCUCCAGUUUCAACACCAGUCGCAUUGAUCAUAUAUUCGACAAGGUGAAUCUUCACUAUGGAGACUUGGUUGAUUCUUCGAACCUGGCGUCCAUCAUGGCGAAGGUGAAGCCAGACGAAGUCUACAACCUAGCAGCCCAAAGUCACGUGAAGGUCUCCUUUGAGGAACCCGAAUACACCGCGCAGGCGGAUGGCGUGGGCACCCUGCGACUGCUCGAGGCGAUCCGCACCGUGGGGCUGGAGAAGACCACCCGUUUCUACCAGGCCUCCACCUCGGAGCUCUAUGGCAUGGUACAGGAGGAGGAACAGGAAGAGCUGGAGGUGGGCAAUGUGAUUCGUGUACCGGAACGGGAACAGGUGGGCAUGAAGUGGAGAAGGAUGGUCCGGUGUGGGCCACAAGGUUUGUUGUCGGUGUCGGGAAAGUCGGAACUUCAAGGCGAGACGCUGAAGAUGUCGGUGGGAAGAUAUGAUGUUGAGGUGGUAUCGCGGGAGACCACACAAAGGGUGGACGUGUUGGAGUCGCUGUCGGAUGUGGAGAUGGUGGCCAAGUUGGUGCCGAGAGAAAUAGAAGAGUUACGUGAAACUGACAAAGACUUUCGGUUGCCCGAAAGCGACGUGAAGCGACAUCAGGGCAGAAAAACAGAACAUCCCGAUGCGGAUCGUGGAAUCUACCUGCAGCUGGAGAAUGGUUCCUACUUCAACGUGUCACGCUUCCAAGAAAUGCCGUUGGGUGAGUGGAAACGUUUGGUGCCAGUGAUGAAAAAGCUUGCCCGUGGAGCAUCGGUGAAGAUUAUGGUGUCUUGGCAACUUUUUGAUUUGGGUGGAGCCCUGAAUGGUCGCUGCAUCGCUUGUGCCCCCAAAAUUUUCUCGCUUGUGCCCCCGUUUUGUUCUCGCUUGUGCCCCUCGUAG